UUCAACCGGAAGCGAGAGAAGGAUCCUGGCUCACCAUUGGUCCAAAGUUCCCCGCGAAAAGUACGUCACAGGCAGUUUCGCGCCACUGCAGCAAACCCACAGACGUUUUGGCAGAACGUCUAGAUCCACUCUCCACAAUGUCUUCUCCAAUGUCAACUCCCGGUCGCAAAAGAGGGAGGAGCACCAACCCGUCCACACCCAGCAGCGAUGGCCUCGCCCCCUCGCCAGCGUCUCGGCGGCGUAGGGCUCAUGACUCAUCCGCGGGGGACCUGAUGCCCAUGCCCACCUCACCCGCCACCGACCUGCUCAGCCCGGCAGGGCCGCAGGACGUUUCGCUCUUCUCCAGCCCUCGAGCUUCAGUUCUUCCCAAUGACGUGGACAUGAGCUCACCCCUCAUGUACGGGACGCCGCGGAGUAGCAUCCGGGGCACCCCCGCCCGCCAGCGUCCCGAUCUGGGCUCAGUGAGGAAGGCUCCUCAGGUUGAGCUUCAAUCUGAGCCGCCGAGCGGUGAGGGUGUGCUCGCCAGCGAGUCCAAUGCGGGCCAGAGGCUGGUCAUCUGGGGGACUGACGUCAACGUGGGCACCUGCAAGGAGAAGUUUCAGAGGUUCCUGCAGAGGUUCGUCGACCCCACCUGCACUGACGACGAGAACGCCGGCUUGGAUCUCAACGAGCCUCUCUACAUGCAGAAGCUGGAAGAGAUCAGCGUAGUUGGAGACCCCGUGCUCAACGUCAGCUGCGGCCAUGUGCAAGCCUUCGACGCGGAACUCUACAGGCAGCUCAUCAGCUACCCGCAGGAAGUUAUCCCCACCUUCGACAUGGCGGUCAACGAGCUCUUCUUCGAGCGUUUCCAGGACUCCAGCCUGGAAUAUCAGAUCCAGGUGCGGCCCUACAGCGCUGUGAAAACCCGCAACAUGAGGAACCUGAACCCAGAAGACAUCGACCAGCUGAUCACCGUCAGCGGCAUGGUGAUUCGCACCUCGCAGCUCAUCCCCGAGAUGCAAGAGGCCUUCUUCCAGUGCCAGGUGUGCUCCUUCAGCACGCGCGUGGAGGUGGACCGCGGGCGCAUCGCCGAGCCGGCCGUGUGCCGCCACUGCAACACCACCCACAGCCUGGCGCUCGUUCACAACCGCUCGGUCUUCUCCGACAAGCAGAUGAUCAAAAUUCAAGAGUCGCCCGAAGACAUGCCUGCGGGCCAGACGCCGCACACCACCGUUGUGUACGCGCACAACGACCUGGUGGACAAAGUGCAGCCCGGAGACAGAGUCAACAUCACUGGUAUCUACCGGGCGGUGCCCAUGCGAGUCAACCCGCUGCAGAGCAACGUGAAGGCAGUGUACAAGACCCACAUUGACGCCAUCCACUUCCGCAAGACGGACGAGAAGCGCCUGCACGGCCUGGACGACGAGGCCGAGCAGAAGCUGUUCACCGAGGACCGCGUGCGGACUCUCAAGGAGCUCGCGGCCAAGCCCGACGUCUACGAGCGCCUCGCCUCCGCCCUGGCACCCAGCAUCUACGAGCACGAGGACAUCAAAAAGGGCAUUCUUCUGCAGCUCUUCGGCGGCACUCGCAAGGACUUCAGCCAGACGGGCCGCGGCAACUUCCGCGCCGAGGUCAACAUCCUGCUGUGCGGCGACCCGGGCACCAGCAAGUCUCAGCUGCUGCAGUACGUGUACAACCUGGUGCCUCGUGGCCAGUACACGUCUGGGAAGGGCUCCAGCGCCGUGGGCCUCACCGCUUACGUGAUGAAGGACCCGGAGACGCGGCAGCUGGUGCUGCAGACCGGCGCGCUGGUGCUGAGCGACAACGGCAUCUGCUGCAUCGACGAGUUCGACAAAAUGAGCGACAGCACGCGCUCCGUGCUCCACGAGGUCAUGGAGCAGCAGACGCUCUCCAUCGCCAAGGCGGGAAUCAUUUGCCAGCUGAACGCCCGCACCGCCGUGCUGGCCGCCGCCAAUCCCGUGGAGUCGCAGUGGAACCCCAAGAAGACUACCAUCGAGAACAUCCAGCUGCCUCACACGUUGCUCUCCAGAUUCGACCUGAUUUUCCUGAUGCUGGACCCGCAGGACGAGGCCUACGACCGUCGGCUAGCCCACCACCUGGUGUCGCUGUACUACCAGAGCGAGGAGCAGAUGGAGGAGGAGUUGCUGGACAUGGCGGUGCUCAAGGACUACAUUGCGUACGCGCGCACCUACAUCGCCCCGCGGCUCAACGAGGAAGCCAGCCAGGCGCUCAUUGAGGCCUACGUGGACAUGAGGAAGAUCGGCAGCGGCAGGGGAAUGGUGUCGGCCUACCCCCGACAACUGGAAUCUCUGAUCCGCUUGGCCGAGGCCCACGCCAAGGUGCGCUUCUCCGAGAAGGUGGAGACCAUCGACGUGGAGGAGGCCAAGAGGCUGCACAGGGAGGCCCUCAAGCAGUCGGCCACCGACCCCAGGACGGGAUUCGUGGACAUCUCCAUCCUCACCACAGGUAUGAGCGCCACGGCACGAAAGCGUAAGGAGGAGGUGGCCCAGGCCCUCAAGAAACUGAUCCAGGCCAAGGGGAAGAUGCUCGCCAUCAAGUACCAGCAGCUGCUCGACGACCUCAGAGGACAGUCGGAAACUGCUGUGACCAAGGAGUUAUUUGACGAGGCGCUGAGGGCCCUCGCCGACGAGGAUUUCCUGACGGUCACCGGAAAGACGGUCCGGCUCCUCGCCUGAGAUGCCGCCUGACUUCAUGUACAGUCUGAUUUCAAAUAUGUAUUCUUUGUACCGUAAAAAAAUAAAUAAUGCGUGUAUCAUUGAAAUGUCUUUUCUGGGUAUUGAAAAUAUUGUGUUCACUUUUCUGACACUUUAGUUUGGUUUAAAAAGUCAUUUAGCGCAAUGCUUGGAAAUUGCAUUUGUUUACUCUACCAUCUAUUUCUUAGUAAUGCUCUUAUUUUUUUGUAUUAAAGCAAAAGCAAUUAAAAGGU